CAAACCACCGACACCAACAACGGCGUGUGUAGUUAUGGCCUUCUUUCAAAACCAAAACGAUGUAGAAACGCGACUGUGUACGGCAGUCAACGAUGCAAUCCGAGUUCGCGAUGACAACCAGCUUCGAUCAAUCGUACUCCUAGAGCCACCAUUCCCGCCGGAUCACGAGGAGCUUAUUCAGUCUUUGCGAAGCAAAUAUCCAGCAAACGACCACAGCGCUGUAAAACUUGAGCAAAUGGUCAGAAGAGUGGUGACUGAGACGGCUGAGUCUGAGGAUGAGCAAGGAAGGCCAGUGCAAGGAUGGGGCGCUAUGGUUGUGUUUCUCGUGCAAUGGAUGACGUUUCUGAGAGAUAUGGACAUUGAGAAUUUGCUGCACACAUAUCAACAAUUGAACGAGUUGCAAAAACAAGCGCAGACUGCACUAUCUCACCCCACCAAAGGCGUGCUCAUGCUUCCCACUAUUAUCAGCUAUGCCAGAGUGUUUUCUCGCAUAGCAAUAGGGCUGGACAAACGGCCUGAGCUCAUUCAGCAUUUACUCGCAGUAACUGAAGAGGGCAAGCGAGAAUCCCUUCCAGAAAAAGCAGCCAAUGUCGUUCGUGAAGCCUUCACCACAUGCCUCAAUGACCGGAACACUGUACCUGGAGGUGUAGAUAGGAAUGGUAAGCCUGACGGUAAAAAGAUUGGCAUCUACAAGAUGGCCAACAUUUGUCUGCGAAUUCUGUUCCAAGCCGAUAAACUGGAAAGCUGCGAAGGAAUUUUCACAAACAUCGACUCGACAUCUCCGCCUCUGCAUAUAUACCCAGCUUCUGAGCGUGUAACAUACCUUUACUACCUUGGGCGGUACUACUUUGCCAACACAGAGUUUUACACGGCGCAGCUAGCCUUGCAAAAGGCCUAUGAGGACUGCCCUUCCGCACCCCAAUCCAUCCGGCAGCGACGACUCAUCCUAGUCUAUCUCGUCACUGCCAACCUUAUCCUGGGUCGCUUUCCAACCGAAGAAAUUUACAACCUUCCCGAAGCGAAAGAUUUUCGGAAACACUUCAAGCCCAUCACAGAGGCCAUCCGACAAGGCAACCUCGAAGCAUUCCGCCGCAUCACAAAUCUCGACCUCACACAUCCGAGCGCGGAAUGGCUCUCUCACUACCGCGUCUUCUACCAAAUCGGCAACUACUGCGAGGUUCUCGUCUGGCGCUCGUUGUUCAGAAAGGUCUUUCUACUCAGUGGACAGCAAACCGGCGGUGCAGUAUCGAAUCUAGCCGCGACCCUCGAUCUCAAUGCAGUGUUGUUAGCUUUUGAAUUCUGCGAGCGUCGCGCAAAGAUCAAAAACCCCGCUAUGGCAGCACAAGAUCUCGGCCCCGGUCGCAGCAACCAAGGCCAUUUAUUCCAAGACUAUGCAUCAACCACGCGGGCUACCUACAUCGACCCCGACUUCGCCGGAGUCGAAGACAUCGCGCCGUACGACCACGAGAUGGAUCUGCUGGAGAUUGAAUGCAUAUGCGGGAGUCUGCUUACGCAAGGUUUUCUGGGUGGGUACAUCAGUCACAAGUCCCAGAAGGUCGCUAUUGCAAGCUCGAAGAGGCUGGGAGGGCCGAUGAAGGCCGGGUUUCCUAAUCCGUGGGAGGUUAUCAGGAGCAAGAACAACGAUGAGGUGAAAGGGUGGAAGAUGGAUUUCCGUAUCGAACAGCCAAAGGUGGUGAACAUGAGUGGGGCGAGGCCGGCUGGGGCGUAGAAAGUUGCAUGAUACCCACUCGUUGGCGUUGGUUUGGGCUAGAUUGAGCGGUUGUUGAUACUACAUGAAGGUUUAUGAGUGCUCUACCACCUCAUGUCAGGAGCAUUAAGUCUCGUUGUUGUACCCAUGAAGACACGGUCACCUCACGCCCAAUUCCAUCUAGAAGUAGAACGACCUCGUGUUCUUGUCUACACUUUCAGCAACCCUCCAAGCCAACAAAAAAUUUGUCUCCAAACUCAUGCCACCCUACAAUCCCAGCCAUGGCAGCAUGUAGUUGGG